AGUCGUCGGUAUAUAGGUUAUACGCGACGCGCGCGGGCUGUUGUGCGAUCGCGCGAUUCACCGCGGACUACAGCUUACGGGUACACGGGAACGGCCCGGAAGAGAAGGAGGACCGCGAAUGGGCAAAAUAGAUCGACACCGAAAAUCGGAACUAGGAGGACAACACCACCGUCGUUUUUAGUACAAUAUUAAUUUAUACGCGGCCCGAACGGAUCGAUCGCGUCCGCUUUUGACGAGAGACGAAAACAAUAAUAUUUAUCAUCCCUCCUGGCUCCGGAAGUGCGCAUAAUCCGCAUAACAGAGUACAGCAAUCAUUUAACAUAUUUCAGUCGCACUACCGCAGCGUGGUGUAUAUACUGCAGCUACGCCAUAACAAUAAUCACAUUAUACGCGUCAUGUGCGCGUGACGAUCGCGACGACACGACACCGACGGACGUCGUACGGGGCAGCGGGCACGUAUAGAUCGCUGGAUCGCUGAAUCGUCGUCUUCGCCGUCGUCGAGAUGCAACCGCCUCCCAGGAAGGGGAAUUAUGUAAAAUUUUUAAAAAAUCUUCAUUCAGAACAAAUAGCAAAAUUACUUUUAAAAAACCAAAACGAAUGUGAUUUGUUGGAAGAUAUAAGGAGUUUUUUGAUCAAAAAAUCUUCUAUAGAGAAAUCAUAUUCAGAUGCAUUACUUAAAAUAUCUGUCGCUUUUUUGAACAAGAAAAUUGCUAAUAUACCGGACAUAAAGACUGAAGGCAGUGAAGAAAAAUGGAAUAUGUGGAAUGUAUGGCGAACAGUUCUCGAAGAAAACGAAACGGCUGCAAAAGCACGAUUAGAAGCUAUCGAAGUUUUACAAAACCAAAUAAAUGAUGAGGCGAAAGCUCUUCGGGCGCAUAAACUUCAGAUUGCAAAAAAAUGUACAGAUCAUUUAGCAUUGGUACAAAAAGAGCUUCAUUCUUCCGUUCAAGAUGUAGAUAAGACGAAAAAGUUUUAUUUUGACGAAGAACAGAGUGCUCACGAAGUGAGAGACAAGGCUAAGGAUAUAGAAGAAAAGUUAAAGAAAAAAAAAGGUUCCUUCUUCCAGUCAAUCACUUCUUUACAAAAAAACAGUGUAAAAGUGUCUUCCAGAAGAGAAGUUUUGGAAGAGAAAUCUUCGGGAGCUAGAAAUGAUUAUUUACUGAGUCUGGCGGCUGCAAAUGCACAUCAGACACGAUACUUUUUGGUUGACCUUCAAAAUGUAAUGAAUACUAUGGAACACAAUGUUUAUGAAAAAGUACAAGAAUAUUUGGCAUUAUUGAGCAAAAUUGAGCUCCUUACGUGUACUGUUGUUCAUAAUUCGUUUAAGAAAGUCAGAGACCAAGCGCAACAAUUAAGUCGAGAGUACAACAUGCAAUGCGUAUACCUUUUCUACCCCGUGUUGAAGCAACAUGUUCAAUACCAAUUCGAACCUUGUGACGGAGACAGUAUAGAUCACAUUACAGCGGAUCACGGUGGAGUAGUGACAAUACUUAGCCAAGAAGCAAAAAGAUGGGCCACACGAAUAAUUAGAGAGACGAAUAACAUAAAAGAAAACACUAGAAAACUACAGGUCUUCCAAGCUCUCAGGGAUUCUGGACAAAAGAACGACCCAAAUGAUCCAAAUGGACCUGAUUUGGAAACUAAAAUAGAAUCAUUGAAAAACAGCAUUCGGAGAUCAGAAAUAGCCAAAGCCAAAGCUGAAUCUCGUAUUGAGUGUUUGAAAAAUGGAGAUGGAAAUGUUAAUGUAGAAGAAUGGUUAGCAGACAUGGGUGAUAUAAACGCCGAACUUCAACGAUCAAAUAGUACAUCUUCAUUACCAACUGAUGGAGGUGCAACUAGUGCUAUGACAUCUGACUAUGAUAGUGAGGAUUACGGAGAUGGGCCUUCCGACAGUCCGGUACCAUCCGAUCAACCACAGUCAUCGUCUCAAGAUGAAGAAGAUCGACCAGAUUCGGCGGAAAUUGAUAAAGAUUGGGCACUUGUGGAAAAAGAACGUCAACGUAUUGAACAAUUAACGGCUGGUUGGGACGAUCCGACUCAGGUGAAUUGGGAAGAAACACGUGACACCGAAGAAAAAACGAUGUACCCUCAAACUGCACCAGAAGAACCCGAAGGCCCUGUUUAUAAAUGUACUGCGUUAUACAGCUAUACUGGUCAACAUCCUGAUGAGUUAAGUAUCGUUGAAAAUGAGCAACUUGAAGUGUUUAGCGUAGACAGUGAUAAUUACGGUUGGUCAAAAGCUAGAAAUUACAAAGGUGAAGUAGGGUAUGUACCAUCUAAUUAUCUGGAUAUCGAACAAGAAACGUGUGAUCCAGAAACACACGAUACCCCUACCACAUACCAACUUAGAUCGCAGAUUAGUUUCUCUUCGGUGGACUAUAUGGUCAAUGACGAGGCAACCAAUCAAUUACAGCACUGUCAGUCUGAUGAAGAUGUUGAAGCUGAAGAACAAUCAUCAGAAAAAAGCAUCACUACAGUGUGGGAAAAGAAAGAUGGAGGUAUCAUAGAAAUACCAUCGUAUUGUAUAGCCCUAUUCGAUUAUGAUGGAAACGAUCCCGAAGAAUUGGGUAUGAAAGAAGGCCAAAUUAUUAAAGUUGUCGACAAGACUACGCACGUUGACGACGGCUGGUGGGUUGGUGAAUUGGGUAACAAGAUGGGACAUUUUCCGUCAUGUCUAGUAAAAGAAUGUUAUGAGAAUGGUGACCUAGUACCCACACCAACAUCUGAAAACGGAGAUAGUGAUUUUUCGAAUGAAGAUCAUCCCGAGUUUGUUACAAGCGGUCCACCACCGCCACCACCACCAGUAUUUACACCACCCGAAUUACCACCAACACAUUUGUUCCCGACUCAAGUGAUUGUUACCCAACCAACGCCAAUCGGUGAUCAUGGACCUCCUGGAAGUUUUGCCCCAGAAGUUCCACCUAAAUCGAAUGAAUUUUCAAUGGUGAUAACUCAAAAUCAACAAGAACAGUAUGACACGCAGUUUACGGAGGAAUCUUCUGUUACAGUAUCAGUAAACGUGCCCGGUGUACCACAACUGUUUAUAGAAAACGAGGACGAAGGUUCUGGGCCUCCCGACGCUCCUCCGCCACCGGCACCUGCACCUGCGUCCGACGGUCUAGGCGUCGCUCAAAUCGUUAUCACCGCCGCAACGCCAAUGAUGGAAGAACCGGAAAAGCCGUUCGGUCAAGAAACAGAAACGGUCGAGACCAAAGCUGAACACCACAGCGAGGAGGUUCAAUCGGAAUCGAAAUCGGAAGAGGAACAUCGUAUGAGCGUGGACAGUGAUUACUUUCCGGCCACAAUACCGGAAGAAUCCGAAGACGAUCUGAAAUUGCUCGAGACCGAUCACCACGCCGACACGGGUUUGCCGCCCGAGCUCGAACCCGGACAACUGGCCAAACUUCACAAUCUUAAAGAGUCGAACGCUUAGAUAGAUAUUUUCAUCGUCUUAUUUACUUCUUUUUCAAGGUCGACUAUAUAUAUAUAUAUUAUGUUUAAGGUUCUACCUAUUAUAUAUUAAAACUAAGUGUUCUUGUUUAUGUCGUUAUCGAUCAGUAGAUAACCAAAUCUUUAACACUUGCUAUAUAUAAUAUAAAUUAAAUGCUUACGAUAUAAUAUAUAUAAUAUAUAUGGAAAACAUAAAGCGAAACUUAUGUGAUUGUAUGUUAUACGUUACUGUUUUGGUAGUAAAAUGUUAACCGUCAAUAAUAUUUCCUUAACACACGUAUCUUAUUAAAACUAUAUACAUUUAUAAAAUCAGAAGCACGUUUAGAGACAAAAUUUAAGAUUAAUUUGUUUAUAGUAUUCUUCUUCUUGUCAAGUAUUAUUUUCAAUAGGGUAGAAAAUAAUUAUUAUAAAUCUUAUAGUUUGUAUAAGUGACGAACAUGUUAUACUAUUAUGUGACUUUUAAAUAUUAAUAAAAAUGUAUUUUAUAUUCUCAGUUUAUGUGUACCAAGAUUGAUUCACUCCAAACAAUAAGGAUCAUGUUUUCGUCACAUUAACCCAUAGUUGAAACAUAAGUAGUCUGACUUGUGGUAGUUGGUGUUUCAAUAAUAUAUAAAUUAUUAUCAAUUAUUGUGAACAAUGUGAACCUACUUUGAUCUUCACUAUAUAAGUACAUCUAGUAUUGUCAUUCUAAAAUUAUUGUGAAAAUUACAUUUUUUUUUUUAUCAAUAGUUUGUCUACAAUAAUUAAUUAUAUAUAAUAAUGAUUAUUUAAGACAAUGAUAAAGAUUAUUGCGAUUUUACGCCGAUAAUAGUGAUUAACUGACGAUUGGCGGGGAAUAUAUUUAAGUGUAAUGCUAUACAUACUACAUAGUUAAUGAUUUAUAUGCCUCUUUCUACAUUAUUUUAUCAAAAGUAUUCACUAUUGUGAAAAGUAUGACUUUUCAUUAUUCUUCUAAAAACGAAAAUCGAACAAGCCAGUUUUCAUUUUGAUAAUUCAACGUAUAGAAUAUUACAAAUCGAAAAUUAUAGGUAUAGGUAUGUUUAGUUUAAUUAUUUCAAAAAUUUGGCCAAGUAUAUCAAUUUUUUUUUCUUAGAAUUUGUUUUGAUUUAAUCUAAAGUAUCAGGUCUGGCCAUUAUUAGAGUGGCUAUGCGUGGAAUAAAAAAACGUCUAAACGUCCCGAAUAUUUGAAAUUUAUUAUAUUCAAAGACUGUCGUUUCACGUUUUCAACUGUACUUACGCGUUUUACCUAUACCUGUAAUUUUUAAUUUAAUUAUAAAAAUAUUACGUAACUUGUCUGUUAUAGUUAUGCGUUUGAAAUUAAUUUCAAAAAUACGACGAGGAGUCAUUGAUAAAUGAUAAUAAUUGUGUAUUAAAGAGUUAACCAUUAUUCCAUUAUCAUGCAAUGUGAGUACAAUUAUUACGUGUUUUAAUUACCUAUACCACUAAAACACCGAAUUAUUGUUUAUUCAUUUAUAAAAUGCCAAUUUUUAAACGACGUAAUUACGAUAUUAUUUAAUAUAAUAUUAUGUUUUUAAUAUUUGACAAUUAUUGUAUUUACACGAUUACCAUAUUAUUAUUUUAAUUGUUAAUUAUUGUAUUCGAUGAAUUAAUUUCAUUUAUAAUAACGCCGUUUUACAAAAUAUCAUGUUUAUAUAGAAAUAACAGAGAAAAACCGAAUAUCUCCGUAACAUUCGCCAAACAACACUGUAUAUUUGUUUUGAUAUUGUACUUACAACAGACACGUUCGGUGGUAGGUAUGCAAUAUAAACCACGUUUACCUAUACAAUGGUGAAUAUUUACUUAAAUAUUAUUGUUUUAAAAUAAUAUAUUUUUAUCGAACGGGAAUGUUUGAGCUUAUGUCUUUAAUCGAAUAUAAUGCUCAGAACGACCAGUGAAAUAGUUGAGCAUAGAGCGCCAAUAAUCGUAUUCAUGAAUUCGAAUAAAUGAUAAUAUUAUUUUUAGUUAUUGUUGUUAAAUAAUGUAAUAUUUGUAACAUGUUAUUAUUAUUUGUUUUUCUUACGACGAUCUAUGUUUUGUUCUACAUUACUUCGGAGAGAACGGAUAUGAUUUUAUGCUUGUGCGACUUAAAUAGCUACCAUAGACAAUUUUAUUAUUAAUUGUUAAAGGAGUGCCUUUUUCGUGUACGUGUAUGUCAUAAUAUUAUAUUAUAGUCGUUAAAAUGUUAAAUGGAUACAAACAAUAUUUAAAUCUAUAGAAAUUAAGACUAAACUAUUGAAAUCUGUUUAAAAUAUAAUAUAUAUAUAAAUCAUAAUAAUAUUUGGUAUCCUAAUUUCUACCUACUAUAUCAAUAAAAAACAAAUAAAUAUUUCGUAGCAAUAUUUAUAUAUUAUAAUGAUUAACGACGGUUCGUUUUAUAUAGAUCAUUUAAAAAAUUAUAAAUUUGCCUAAAAUUAAUUGAUUUUUAACGAACAACAAUGACGUGUUAAUCAAUGUAAACCGUUUAUUGUUUUUUUUCGUACCUGUAUUGUAUUGUAUUUGUUUAGUAUUGUGUUUUAUUAAAAAACCAAAACCAUAAA